AUGCGAACCUCUACAAGACGCCAGUCCCCAGCCCCCGCAGAUGUUAUCACGUAUCGUUUGAACAAUAAAAUGAUGUAUGUACCCCCUGCAGAGAGUUUCGAUCAAGCAGUUACAUUUGCUAGAUCAGCAUUCGAGGGUGACCUCACUGGGAUUGACAAGAGCCGGAUAUCCUUCUCGCUGAAUGUGCUGGCGAACGGGAAGCAGAGCUCUGUGGGUAUCAGCAGUGCGGCAUGGUCGAAAAUUAUGUCCCAUCUGGCACAAUAUGAGAUCAUAGACGUGCAUGUUCAGCCAGUGCUCAAAGUAUCAGAAGCCCCUCCGAGCUAUCGGUCUUGUGGCUCAACUGGGGACGUCGAGAAGGAGCAUCAUUCGUCACCACAUUCAUCAUCACAUUCGUCAUCACCUCUCCACGGUCUCAUUCCCAAACGUCUGUUUCAGCGGCUCGGUGCCUGA